UGAGAAAAUCGAAGAAUUUUCAACGUUUUCUCGAAGUGUUUUAGUAGUAGAAGUUUCCAUCCAAUUUGUUCCGUGCUCAUAACGAAACUAUUUCAAAAAAAAAAGGAUUUUACUUUUUUUUUCUUCUUUACGGCCAGUUCAAAAGAAGAAAAAGAAAACCAUUAGGAGCCGAUCACGGCACCAAAUUCCAAAUAUAAUGCCGGGCAAACCUUCUCACAAUUCCUCCCCACUCAAAGACAACUAUUUCAUUGUCAAGAAUUGAAGAUGGCAAAACAAAUGCUAAGAACACUCUCAUUAUCAUCAUCAAUCUCUCUCAAAAUCUUUGUUUUGGUUAUAGUUACUUUUACUAGACAACUAAGUAUGUCUCAUCCUUUGGACCCUCUAAACCCCAUCGAGAUCAACAAAACUAGAGACAUCAUUCUCAACUCCACCAUUGUGUCACUCCCUAAUAACUUGACAUUUCAUUUCGUUGAUCUCGAAGAACCAGAAAAGAACGACGUGGUCUUCUGGUUAUCCACAAACCAGUCUUUCCCCUAUAGGAAAGCUAGGGCAGUGGUGAGGGCAGAUGGCGAGACUCGAGAAGUCAUCGUAGACUUGAUCGGGAACUCUAUCAUAUCGAAUACAAAGUAUGGCGGGUUCGGUUUUCCUCCAUUUACUCAAGAUGAAAUUGUGAAAGCGAGCUUGUUUACCAAGGGGUUUCCCGCAUUUCAAAAAUCUAUUUUGAGCCGAGGGCUGAAUAUAUCACUAGUCACUUGUAUACCAGUCACAGCAGGUUUUUUUGGAGAGCAUAGAAGGAGAAGAGUUCUGAAGAGUUCCUGCUAUUCCCGGGAGGGUACCACAAAUUUCUGGAGCAGGCCGAUCGCCGGUAUAACGGCGUUAGUCGACGUGGAGACAAUGCAAAUGGUUGAGUACGUGGACCGAGGACAACUCCCGUUGCCGACGGCGGAAAACACGGACUUCGAAUCAUCAAACGCGCAAGAUUCAACGGGGGCGGCAGUCAACGGGACCAAACCGAACGUUGACCUGAACGGGAACGUGGUGAGGUGGAAGAACUGGGAAUUCCACGUCGCCUUCAACGCGCGUGCCGGCGUGGUGAUAUCGACGGCGUCCAUCUCCGACCGAGCGAAACAGGGCCCGAGGCGGCGCGUGCUGUACAGAGGCUAUGUGGCGGAGACGUUCGUGCCGUACAUGGACCCCACGGCGGAGGAGUAUUAUAAGACGUAUAUGGAUGUGGGGGAGUAUGGGUUUGGGGUGUCUGCCAGCUCCCUUGUCCCGUCGUUUGACUGCCCGGCUGACGCCGUUUACAUGGACGGAAAUAUGGCCGGAGCGGAUGGGCAGGCGGUGCUGGUGUCAAACGCCAUUUGUGUGUUUGAACGUUCAACGGGACAGGUUUCUUGGAGACAUACAAACCCCGGAGUCCUCGGGAGACUGGUCACUAGUGGGCAAGAAGAGGUCAACCUGGUGGUAAGAAUGGUGGCAACAGUUGGAAAUUACGACUAUACCAUUGAUUGGGAGUUCAAACAAAGCGGUUCCAUUAAAAUGGGGGUAAGUCUAUCAGGCGUCCUCCAGUUGAGGGCAGUGCCCUACGCCAACACUCACCAGAUCCAAGCGGACGUUUACGGGACCUUGGUCUCGGAAAACACGGUGGCCGACAACCACGACCACUUCGUCACGUACCACCUCGAUUUAGACAUCGACGGCGGCAAUAAUUCGUUCGUAAAGUCCGAUUUGGUGACUCGGAGAGCGAACUCAUCGGAGUCCCCUAGGAAAAGCUACUGGACAGUGGUCAAUAGGACAGUAAAAGGAGAAUCCGAUGCUAGGGUCAGGCUCGGGUCCGAGCCUACGGAGUUGCGGUUCGUGAACCCGAGCAAGAACACUAGCUUGGGAAACCAGGUGGGGUACAAACUGAUUACCGGACCGUCGCCGGCGUAUUCUUUGCUGUUGGACGAAGAUUAUCCGCAGAUCCGGGCGGCGUAUACUAAGUACCAAGUUUGGGUGACUCCGUACAACCGGUCGGAGAAGUGGCCCGGUGGAUUUUAUACGGACCAGAGCCAUGGAGACGAUGGGUUGGCCGUUUGGACCCAAAGGAAUAGGUCAAUUGAAAACAAAGAUAUAGUGUUGUGGUACACUCUGGGGUUCCACCACGUACCUGUGCAAGAAGAUUUUCCGGUGAUGCCAAUAGUCUCCGUUGAGUUUGAGCUAAGGCCGGCCAACUUCUUUGAUAGAAAUCCCUUGCUUAGCUAGAUAAUACCCGUCCCUAUGUAUCUCAUUCUUCUGCGUAUGCUUUACUUUCAUUUUUCUAAAUUAAAAUCUUUCCUUCACAUACAUGUAUCAAUCAUAUGUUUGAAUAAUUUAAUUUAGUCGUGUUACGUUUUAUUUUGUAAAACAUUUGAUGCAAUUAUAGGAAAAAUUAAAUAUGGAGUAGUUUUUGUUUUUCAAUAAUGCACUUAAUUAUAU